ACUGAAAAGUCCCGUUUUUUCUCAACAGAAUAAUGUUCUGAAUCAAAUAGUGCUACGGCAUGACGUCAUUCGCGUGUGCGUCACCGCGCCCUCCGUCCUCCUCAGGGAACGCGCACAUUCCUAUUGUCCAAGAUGGCGGCCUUAUUGCAGCUACUGUGAUGCUGAAAUGUUUAGCAUCAUUUUUAACCUUUUUCAUCAUAAAUGUGCCAAAAAUCAGCGGCCGUCCUGGAAGCGCGUCUCUCCGUGAAGCCGUCCGCUGCCGCCUCGUCUCCACGAACCCUCCCGGAACCAGCUCCAAGCGCCGAAUUCCCGCUGCAGGCACGGAAAAGUUUGGGCUCCAUCCUCCGGUGAAAGAUGAAAAGGCAGGCCGGGAGAGAGAGCAGUCCGUCCCGGGCUGUCGCUAAGCGGAUACGGGAGAGAGAGCGGGAGAGCGUCCGUAGAGAUGAGCUGCCGCCGCCGCCUUUGGCUCUUCUGCUGGCGGAGAGUCGGAGCUACCACCGCCGCAGCCGCAGCAGGGAGCGAGAGAAGCCGCGGCUCAGAGAGGAGCGGGCGGCCGCCCUGGAGCUCCACCACCGACACGAGCUCAGCCUUCUCGGCCGCCCGCCGCUUCGCACCACCGACCCGCCCGCCGCCAGACCCGGGACUUUAGAGUACAAGACGCUGCUCAUCAGUAACCUUGGCUCUCAGGUGUCGGACGAGGACGUGGAGGACGCGCUGUUCCACGAAUUCAAAAAGUUCGGGGACGUCAGCGUGAAGCUGUCGCACACCCCGGAGCUCGGCCGGAUCGCCUACGUCAAUUUUCGCCACCCGGAGGACGCCAAGGAGGCCAGGCACGCCAAGUCCUCCAGGCUGGUUCUGGGUGAGCGGCAGCUGAAAAUAGAGCCCAUGUACGUGAGGAGGCGCAGUGUCACUCCGCCGGAUGCGGGAUAUUUGCCGCUGCACGCGCCCUACCCCUAUAGGCAGCGCUCCCUGUCCCCGCCCGGGCCGGCGGUGAGCAGCCUCCGGGAGCUGAGGGCCCGACAGUACGCCUUGGAGAGCCUGGCUCUGAGCAGGGACCGGGACCGGCUGUUGGAUUAUUAUGGCAUGCUGGAUGAGAGGGGGCGGCCCUACGGCUUCCCGCCCAUGCCGGUGGUGGAGGAUUUAAAGCCCGAGGACGACCAGAGGGCCACCAGCAACCUCUUCAUUGGGAACCUAGACGGGAACGUGACAGAGGUUGAGCUCAGGAGGGGGUUUGAUAAGUAUGGCAUCAUUGAGGACGUGGUGAUUAAACGUCCAGCCCGUGGACAGGGUGGGGCAUACGCCUUUGUGAAGUUUCAGAACCUGGACAUGGCCCACCGGGCCAAGGUGGCGAUGCAAGGCCGGCUGAUCGGUGGGAACCCCAUAAAGAUCGGCUACGGCAAGGCGAACCCCACCACCAGGCUCUGGGUGGGCGGCCUGGGGCCCGGGAACUCGCUCGCCGCCCUGGCCCGGGAGUUUGACCGCUUUGGUAGCAUCAGGAACAUCGACUAUGUGAAAGGAGACAACUUUGCUUACAUCCAGUAUGAAAGCUUAGAUGCUGCUCAGGCUGCCUGUACCCAGAUGAGGGGCUUUCCUUUGGGGGGCCCGGAGCACCGUCUCAGGGUGGACUUUGCUAAAGUUGAGGAGAGCCCCUCCCGCCCGUUUCCUCCUGGUUACCAGCCUCCUGUUCCUCUCUCCUCCCACUUUGACCUUCUAGGGGAGGCUUACAGUCGCCAUCGCAGCCUGGAGCGAGAGCUCAGGGUGGGCAGGGAGCGCUCUUCCCCCUCCCACAGCCUCCUCUCCCUUAGGGAGAGAGAGAGGGGCCUGCUGGAGAGAGACUUUCCCAGCAGCCCCACGCGAAGCCUGGAGAGGAGGCCCGGGGGGGUCGAGGCGUUCGGGAGGAGUGGGCGAGCGGCGAGGAGCCGCAGCAGGAGCAGGGAGCGCUGGCUGAAGGAGCGGGAGGAGAGGAGGAGGAAGAGCAGGAGUCUGUCUGCGGAGAGGCCGGCGGAGGAGAAGGAGAGGGGGAGAGCCAGGGUGCGUGGUCCAGGGGGGGUUCUCUCCCCCGAUGCAAGCCCCGACCGAGCCCGGGUCCGAGCACCUGACUCGACCACAGAGCCCAGAGACCACUCCCCCGACAGCGGCGCAGGACGACACUCUGCCACCAACGAAGACGAGCCGUCAGCCAGCCGCCACCACAGCAAGCGAUCUUCCAGCGACCACCUGAACAACCACCACCACCGAACCAGCGAGGUGGUCGCCGCCGGCUCCCCCACCGCCCAAACGGACACGCCCACGUCUCCCAGCACGCUGUCAGAGUUCGCUCAGAGCACGCUCUCCAGGCUGUGGCGUGGAUUCUUCGCCCUAAAGAACAGCAGCUUCCCCACGGACCUGUUCCUGCUGGAGGGCGGCGUGGCGUACUUCCACACCGUGAUGAAGGACAGCCUGAAGCUGCAGGUUCAGAACCAGCCCAGCCAGCUGAAGAUCGCCCAGCGCCUGCGCAUGGACCAGGCGCGGCUCGACGAGGUGAUGCGCCGCAUCAAGCUCGGCCGCCCAGACGGCUUCGCCAUCCUUCUGGCCCUGCAGGGGCCUGUGGACCGCCAGCCCCCGGGGCUGGAGCCAGGGCUGCAGGUCCGUCUGCUCCGCCACCUGGUGACCUACCUGCGCAACAAAGAGGCCGCCGGCGUUGUGAGUCUGCCUGCCGCAAAGGAAAGCGGUCCGGGCGCCAUGCUGUACGCCUUCCCUCCAGGGGAGUUCUCACAGCAGUUCCUGCAGGCGGCCAAGAGGACUGUGGGUAGUCUGGAUGAGGAGCACAUGGUGAUCGUCAUCGUCAAUGACACUAACUGAUUCCAGGACGGCGUGUUUCAGACAUUUCAGUGUUUGGUCCAGUUCAAAGAGGCUCCAGUCGGGUCACACUACAUGCCU